AUGGCUUCUCCCGGGGUUCCAGCGUCCUCGCCGGAGUUACCGGAGCGGAACUGCGACUACCGAGAGGUCCAGUACUGGGACCGGCGCUACCGAGGCGCGGCCAAUUCUGCCCCCUACGAGUGGUUCGGCAGUUUCUCCUCCUUCCGUGCCCUCCUAGAGCCGGAACUGCGGCCCGAGGACCGUAUCCUCGUGCUAGGUUGUGGGAACAGUGCCCUGAGCUACGAUCUGUUCCUCGGAGGCUUCCCUGAUGUGACCAGUGUGGACUACUCAUCAGUAGUGGUGGCUGCCAUGCAGGCUUGCUAUGCCCACGUGCCCAAGCUGCGCUGGGAGACCAUGGACGUGCGGGCACUGGGCUUCCCCAGUGGCUCCUUUGAUGUGGUGCUUGAGAAGGGCACAUUGGAUGCCCUGCUGGCUGGGGAACAGGAUCCCUGGACCGUGUCCUCUGAAGGUGUCCACACUGUGGACCAGGUGCUGAGUGAGGUGAGCCGGGUGCUGGUCCCUGGGGGCCGGUUCAUCUCAAUGACCUCUGCUGCCCCCCACUUUCGGACAAAACACUAUGCCCAAGCCCAUUAUGGCUGGUCUCUGAAGCAUGCAACCUAUGGCAGCGGUUUCCACUUCCAUCUCUACGUCAUGCACAAAGGUGGAAAGCUCAGUGUGGCCCAGCUGGCCCUGGGGACCCAGAUCUUCUCAACCCCCAGGCCUCCCACCUCACCCUGCUUCCUUCAGGACUCAGAUCAUGAAGACUUCCUUAGUGCCAUUCAGCUGUGAGACCAGAGGCAUGGUCCUCCAGCCCUCCCUGCCAUUCUUCCCUGGGCUCCUCAGGUAGUUUGAAUUCCCAACUCAGGUCUUGGGAUUGGGUCCAAGGUGCUCACAUCCCAGAGGCUUCAUGCCUAACAGCCCAGGUCCAGCUAGAUCUCAGAUCCCAGGUUUCUGGCUUCCUUCUUAGAUUCCUUAGAUGUCUCCUAGGUUCUCCAGCCUCCUCCCCCACCAUACCGAACCACCAGUGAUUCAUCCCCUGGGGUAAAGGUCAGCACAACCCCUCUGCAUACCAGCCAGCCUCAGAGACCUCCAUCCAACCUGGAUUUAUUCACAAGAGGCUGCAGGCUUUGAAUCUAGAUUGCUUUAUAUUUCUGACGCCAGCUCCAGUCCAACGCUGAUAACCUGUCCUGCUUGGGUUGUACAUGUACCCAAGGAGGCCACAUCGUAAUGUUUCCAGACCAGGUUGGCCUGCCUGUAUUCAUUUGGCAACCCUCCCUCGCCAGUAACAUGAACUAAGAUUCCCAAGUACCUGCCCGCCUCCUGUUUUGGCCUGGCUCCUGAGCAGACUGAAGCAGUGGCCACACACACACAGGGAGGUCUGUGUUUAUUCACACACUCCUGGUACAGUGAGGAUGAAGGAACAUUUACAAAGGACACCCCUGGGUUGAGAACAUCUCCAGGGCCACAGAAGUCAUCCAAAGGUGCACAGCAGUCCCCAUUUGGAUUCCCAGGGGCAAGACUUGGGUCCAAGGUAAAAUCAGAUCUGGCCCUUGGAAGGUGAUACCUUGGAAGGGAGGGGGUCUGCCAGAGAGCUUCCUGGGGUCAGGCCUGGGCAGACUGGCCAUAUGGUUGGUUACCAUGUUGGGGAUUUGUCCCACCCCAGUCUCAACACCCAUCUUGUCUGCCAGGCGCAGAAGAGCGUGACGGAGACUGAGGGGAGAGCAGGAACCAUGAGCAG